AUGGAUUCUCUUUCGGGGACAUUUUGGGAUGUCGUGAUUGCAGGCACAGGACUACAACAGUCCUUGUUAGCACUGUCAUUGUCCCGCUCAGGGAAGAAGGUGCUCCACGCGGAUAAGAAUAGAUAUUAUGGCGGGUUUGAAGCAGCCUUCACUCUCCAAGAGGCAGAAGAGUGGUUGAAUAAGGGCGACGAAGACAGUCCUCUUCGACCUUUCAGAAAAGCUUCAAGUGUACCUCAGGCUUCACUUGAUGGCUCUAACAAGGCCCCAAAGCUGUCAGCUAGGGCCUACAGCUUGGCAUUGUCACCUCAGCUGCUCUAUGCGCGCAGCUCCCUGCUGCAAGCCCUGAUCUCAUCCAAGGUUUACCGGCAGCUAGAGUUUCUCGCAGUCGGAAGCUGGUGGAUCUAUGUUCCCCGUGACCGAUCGGAGACAGGGGAAGCAUUAACCUCCAGCCACGGAGAGUUGAAGAAAGUACCAAAUGGACGAGAAGACAUCUUUUCAGAUGACUUGAUUGACCUUCGAUCAAAAAGGUCUUUGAUGAAGUUCCUCAAGUUCGUAGCGGACUAUGAGAAUAUGUCCGAGGUCUGGUCAGAUUACGCAUCAAUUCCAUUUUCAGAGUUUUUGCGCUCUCGAUUCGGUAUAUCUAUGUCUCUUCAGGCGCCGCUUCUUGCGCUCACCCUCUCUCCGGUGUCUCCUUCGGAAACGCCUACAAGUUUUGCCCUGCCACGAAUAGCAAGACAUCUCCGAUCCAUGGGUGUCUUCGGCCCUGGAUUUGGUGCUGUACUUCCCAAAUGGGGUGGCGGAGCUGAGAUUGCCCAGGUCGCAUGUCGUGCUUGCGCCGUUGGCGGCGGCGUAUACGUGCUGGAUGAGGGAAUUUCAGACGUGUCAAAUGCCCCUGCUGAUCAAGGCGAAAUGCCAGGUCAAGUGGGUUCAUCGGCACAUCACCCAGUAGCUGUUACGCUCUCAAGCGGGGAGACAGUGAAUACCCUAUGGCUAGUUGGCUCGCCCGAUGAUAUCCCGAAGAAAUCUGGGACGACUAGAUCUGGAAAUGAGCCCGAGUCACCCACCAGGGAGGAAGUCACCUCGAAGUCUAUAUCGAUUGUGUCCUCACCUUUGACGGGAUUGUUUCCUCAGACUGCUGAGGCAGGACCGGUUCCUGCUGGUGCAGUGGUAGUGUUUCCUCCGGAGACUCUACUAACCGAGGAGAAAGUUGCUGAGAAUCAACCGCCUGUAUAUAUCAUGGUUCAUUCCAGUGAUUCAGGCGAGUGCCCAUCAGGACAAUGUAUCCUUUAUUCGAGCGUUUUUAUUUCUGGGGACGAAGGUCAAGCAACCCUUGACCUGGCCGUUAACCGUCUACUUUCAUCUCUCGGCGAAGAUCCCAAAUCGUGCCUUUUGUGGUCGAUGAGAUACUCGCAACAGGGCCCCUCCCUGCACUCGGGUGUUGUGUCGAGCUGUGAAGAAAGGAGCCCGGGCCAGAUAUUCUUUCCCAGAUCUUCCAAUGGACUUGCUUUUGAUGACGAGCUUUUGAAUAACGUCAAGUGUGCAUACGAAAAGAUUGUGGGAUCAGAUAAUGAAGAUUCGAGUUUCAUGGCUUUUUCUGAUAGAGAAGUCCCAACAUCGUAUAUGAGCGAUGAAGAAUAG